GAAUGCUCAAAAUCUAAAUUAAAGUCAUGUAGAAUUAUCAUUACUUCUGACGUCAUAUUCUAAUCAUUGAACCGUGCCUGAAUGGAAUCUGGACGUAAAACCGACAAGAAAUGGCUCCCGAUCAUGAUAUUCAUUGUGAUCGUCUGUCCGGAUUCAUCUUUCGCGGAAGCAGUACAAGACACAAAUGUUCUGGGCGACUUCAUCUACAUUCCAGGAAUGAGGAUGUCUGAAUAUAACUUCUGGUUGCAAACAAAUGACGUGGAAGAGUGCGCCAAACAUUGCGUAGACGAGACGAGAAUCUAUUGCAAAAGUUUCAGUUUUCGUAAGAGCAAACCAGGAUGUGGAACGUACGAGAACGCACGAGAAGACGCGCCUCCUGGAAAGUACGGAACGCCGACUGCUCCCCUAACCGAAGCUGGCGUCUACCCGAAUUGGGGAUAUUAUGAACGAAAAACCUUGGAAUAUAAGAUUUUAGAACACAAGAUGCAUCGUAUACAAAAUCUUACAGAAAUUAGCGUUGAUGAAGCGACCGAGGUACUUUCUGAUUUUGGUAACUCGUUGAACUCUGAACCGGAAGACGAUGGGAGUGGAAAAGAAUUUCCGGUAUCACCUGGAGAGUUGGAUCUCAUGAGUCAAAUGAUGGAGCUUGUAGUGAACCUGAAUCCGAUAGUCAAUGCAACCGCAGAAAUCAGUGAAAACUUCGCCAAAGUUCUUGUCAACGUCAGUGAUUCAAUGAUGAAACCGACGCACAAGCAAUCAUGGAAAUCCUUGCAAAGAGACCCAAAUGUCACCGGAAUCGCUGGUAUAGUGACGUCAUCUGAAGUGGUCACACGUGACGUCAGCGAGAGACUUUUAUUUUACGACAAUUCAACUUCAAUAGUAGCGGAAUCCGAAAACAUAGGAAUGUGGAUGGAUAUUGUCGAAUUUCCUGUAAUCAAUCCAGCAAUUUCGAAGGCUUUGUUGAUGGCAUCUCUCAAAAAAAGUGAAACAAAAACGGACAAAAAAGGAAAAGAAGAAUCCAACAAGGGGACGUUUGGAAUCGACACAGAUACUAUGUAUAUCUUUCCGUCGAAAACAACCCAAAAGAAAAAUGUUGAAGGGCGAGUUGUAACUACUGUUUCGCCACAACAAAGAGAUGACGUACUCGCUGGUGAUAUCAUCAUGGUUCCAAGGAGUGCAUUACGGAACAGAUCAGUUGUGACGCAUGUCAGAUACAAAGGCUUAAGUGACGUCAUACCAUCACGUGAUGCUGACGUAAAAUAUCCCAGAAAAGGAACAACGCACCGUGUGAAUAGCGCUGUACUGACCACUAGUGUUCAUCCCAAACCGGCAAAGCACGUUUUCAAAGAUGAUCCGGUAGUUAUUAUAUUCACCCACGGCGGAGAAAAUAGGGAGGAUCUGGCGGUUACAGAAAGCACGACAUCCCCAGAAAAUGCUGAUAAUUCUUCGGGCUCACCAAUCGAAGGAACGACCGCACCUAAUACGAUAGAAGAGUCUCUGCAUUGUGUCUAUUGGGAAGAAGGAGAUGGUUCGUCACCUGGUGGCUGGUCGAAAGAAGGAUGCGAGCUAGAAUUGACGAAUGAAACUCAUACCAUCUGUAAAUGCGUUCAUUUGACUAGCUUUGCGGUUCUUCUGGAGAUGGUUGAUACCAGUGUGGAAGACGAUUCCUAUCUUUUACAUAACUUAGCGUUGAGCUGGAUUUCAUACAUCGGAUGUGCUCUGUCUCUAGGAGGAGUCCUAGUCAUGUGUGGAGCUUUCAUCAUGUUGAAAUUUCACACAGAGAACAUGAAGAUUCAUUUUAAUCUUGGGGUUGCAGUAGGUGCAGCUGAUCUAGUGUUUAUGUUUGAAGAACUUGCACAAGGGCAACAGUACAGCUGUAUAUUAGUUACAGUGUUGCUGUAUUACUUCAAUAUGGCAGUGUUAUCUUGGAUGCUGAUUGAAGGCUUGUUCCUUUAUUCCCAAGUUGUUGUUGUGUUCGUCUCCGCUCGACGUUGGGUGAAGUAUUAUGUUUUUGCUGGUUGGGGAAUCCCCGCUAUUGUCAUGGGGAUUUCCAUGGGAAUUUUGAACGUGCAGCUGGGAACAAAUAAAAUCUGCUGGUUAUCACCAUCUGACAACUCUAUUUGGGCAUUUGCUGCGCCUGCAAUACUUGUGAUCUUUAUCAAUUUUGUUAUCCUGGUCUCUGUUGUUCGAGUCAUUGUGGGAAUCCAACCUGACCAAACUAAUAAUGUCAGAAUCAGCAAAGUCAAAAACGCGGUAAAAGGGAGUAUCUUUCUGUCUCCACUUCUUGGUACGACGUGGUUAUUUGGCCUCUUGUCUCUGAGCCAUGAUACUUUACUGUUCCAGUACCUUUUUGCGACGACGAACUCUCUCCAAGGAUUCUUUUUAUUUGUUUUCCACUGCUUAUGUAAUUCAGAGGUGAGAGCUGAUUUUGCUCGUCGUCACAAUUUGAAGUCAUCAUCUCACGGGGGGAAAUCCCCUCCCUGGUUUUCUGGUGUGUUCGGUCUGAAUGUGGCUUCUGGACUACGGAAGUUCCGAGACAGCAUAAGUUUUGACUUCGCUAGUUCUUCUCAUCCAAGUUCAAACUCGGAACAUUCUACUGGAGGGGAAGCUGUAAAGGAAUCACCAAAGAUCAGCAGUAAAUUUACUAGAAGAGAGAAAACAAGUCUCGGGCACAAUGAAAAGCAGAAGACUACUUCGGCUAAGGUCGAUGCAAUUGGUUUGGAACAAUUCACGACUGAAACAUUCAAAUCAAAUCAGGUUGGAGACAAUAAUGGCACAGAUAAGAUAACGAGUGAUGAUUCUGAUACAAAUUCAAUAACUCCUGAUACAGAGGACAGCAAACAAGUCGGUAGGUUCGGUGUUCAAGAAAACUCAUCUCCUUCCUCCAAUCCUGGAAUGCCAGUCAAAAACGACACGAUUCAUAUUACGAGAACAAAUAAAAUUUCACCAAGUCCAAUGACAAGGCAUCAGCAAAUUGCAUUGGAUCCAAUGCUGCAACAUGGGAGUGACCAGAAAGAAAAUGAAAACGAAGCAAUGAACUCGGAAUAUGUUGAUCCGAUACCAAAAGAAUCAAACGUGAACAGACAGAAACGUGAAGGAAGUGAACAGACAAACGGCAGUUGUCCGGAAUCAGUACAAGCAGGAGACAAUAUAAAAUCUUCUCCUGGCCAUAUCGAAGAUGUUUUAGAUGAAGAUAAGAAAGAAGCGUAUAAGAUACCAAUGAGUUAUGAUUCUGGGUUGAAAAGUAUUGACAAUGAAUCUUUGCUGGAGGAAGAAUACCAUGCGGAUGAAUACAUUGAAAUGCCUCACGGUAGAUUCAAGUCGGCAUAUCAUGGAUGUGAUGUUUACAAUAUAGUUGUUCUUGUGAGAGCUGAUUUUGCUCGUCGUCACAAUUUAAAGUCAUCAUCUCACGGGGGGAAAUCCCCUCCCUGGUUUUCUGGUGUGUUUGGUCUGGAGGUGGCUUCUGGACUACGAAAGUUCCGAGACAGCAUAAGUAUUGACUUCGCUAGUUCUUCUUAUCCAAGUUCAAACUCGGAACACUCUACUGGAGGGGAAGCCGUGAAAGAAUCACCAAAGGACUCGAAACGAAAACUCUCAACGAUUCCUGACGCAGAAGAAAGUGUUGCUGAGCCAAAAGUUCCACGACCAAAACGAACAAAGACAAGCAAAUCACUGACUGCUCUCGGGCAUAAUGAAAAACAAAAGACUACUUCACUGAAGGUCGAUGCAAUUGGUUUGAAUCAGAUCCCAAGUGAAAUACCCGAAUCAAAUGAGGUUGAACACAUGAGUGGCACUGAUGAGAUAACAAGUGAUAACUCUGAUACGAAUUCAAUAACUCCUGAUACGAAGGACAAUAAACAAAAAACUCAUCUACUUCCUCCAAUUCUGGGAAUGCCGGUCAAGAAUGACACGAUUCAUAUGACGAGAACAAAUAAAAUUUCACCGAGUCCAAUGACAAGGCAUCAGCAAAUUAAUCUACUUGGAUUACUUCUGAUUACUCUGCGAUCUCUUGAUAUUUUCUGCCUUUCGAAAAUCACUCGGCCAAAGUGUCAUAGACCCCCCUUACCUGGCCAUGUAAACGAGAAGGAUGUCCACAACAAUCUUCAGAUUGAAGAUGUUUUAGAUGAGGACAAGAAAGAAGCGUACAAGAUACCAAUGAGUUAUGAUUCUGGUUUGAAUAGUAUUGACAACGAAUAUUUGCUUGAAGAAGAAUACUAUGCGGAUGAACACAUUGAAAUGCCUUACGGAAGAUUCAAAGUCGGAAUACAUGGGUGUGAUGUUGUAAUUUAGUAGUUGUUCUUGUAUUGUUGUUGUUUGUUACAAUUUUUGUUUUAUACCGUUAUCAAUGACAUUUUCAUUUUUUCAAGAGUGUUAAUUUGACACCCUCCCGUGUGUCCACCUCAACAUAUAAAACUUUUCAUCCGCCUUCUUUAUGUAUGACCAAAUUUGCACUUUAUUUUCUUGUAGUUCCUGUAUAACAAAAAUCAGUCCUUGUGCGCCGUAAACUAAAUAAAUACUGAACCGUUUUUGCCAGUAGU